AUGCCAUAUGUCAAUAAAGAUCCUUAUGCUGGCCGUUUAAUUAAUCCACAAAUGAAGAAAGCUUUGAUUUCAUUAUUCCUAGGAAUGGCAUGUGUCUUCUUUGUAGGGAUGUUAGCAAUAUAUCAUAAAAAAAAUCCUAUUAUAACUCCUGAAAAAGAGACAGUUGAUGGAAAUCAUAAAAUAAUUUCUAAAAGUAUUUUGAAUAAUAUUAAAGGAGAAAAUAUUAAAAAUAAUCUUAGACUUAUUACUACUUUACCACAUGUUGCUGGAACUGAAGCUAAUAAUAAUGUUGGAGAUAAAAUUGCUAAAUUAUGGAAAGAAAAUGGACUUCAGGAUGUUCAUUUUAUUGAAUAUGAAGUAUUGUUAAAUUAUCCUGAUUAUCAAAAUCCUAAUAUUAUGUCAAUCAUUAGUGGUGAUGGAAAAAUUGUAUAUCAAACUAAAGGUGUAUCUCCUGUUAUUAUUCCUUCUGAACAAAGUGCUCCUGAUGCAGGAAUUCAAUGGGUAGCUUAUAGUGCUAAUGGUACAGCUUCUGGUGAUAUUGUUUAUUGUCAUUAUGGUAGAAUUGAAGAUUUUCAAUUACUUAAAGAAAUGGGUAUUAGUUUGAAGGGAAAGAUAGCUUUAUUAAGAUAUGGAUAUUCUUUCAGAGGUGAUAAAGUUAAGUUAGCUCAAGAUAAUGGAGCCAUUGGAGCUAUAUUAUAUUCAGAUCCUGGUGAAGUUGCUAAAGCUGGUACUGAAAAAAGUAAAGUAUAUCCAAAUACUGAAUGGAUGCCACAUGAAGGUGUUCAAAGGGGUAGUCUUAGUCAUAGUGAUGGUGGUGAUCCUCUAUCACCUAUUUAUCCUUCUAAAUCUAAUUUAUACAAAAGUAGAAGUAUUAAUGAUGCAAUUAAAGAUAGAGUUCUUCCAAAUAUACCUGUAUUACCUUUAAGUUAUAUGGAUGCUCAAGAAAUAUUAAAAAGAUUGUCUGGAAAUAGAGUACCAUACUCAUGGCAAGGUGGUUUUCCAUUUAUAUAUCAUAUAGGACCAGGUUUUAAAUCAGGAAAUGAAAAAGUUAAAAUUGAUGUAAGAUCAAAUAUGUCUGUUAAAAAAAUAAGAAAUGUUAUUGGGUAUAUUCAUGGUUAUGAUGAACCAGAUAAAUAUGUUAUUCUUGGAAAUCAUUAUGAUGCCUGGGUUUAUGGUUCUUUAGAUCCAAAUAGUGGUACAGCAGUCUUAGCUGAAGUUGGUAGAGCUAUGGUUGAAACAAUUAAUGCAACAUCCUGGAAACCAUCAAGAACAAUAAUGUUUUGUGCUUGGGAUGCUGAGGAGUAUCUUCUUAUUGGUAGUACAGAAUUUGUUGAAGAAUUUACAAAUAUUCUUCAAAAUAGAGCUGUUGUUUAUCUUAAUGUUGAUACAAUAUUUUCAAAUCAAACUCUUCACGUAAGAACUAUUCCAACACUUUUUGAUGUUUCUAUUGAAGCAGCAAAAUUAGUUAGAAAUCCAAUAGCUAGUGAAAAAAGAAAAGGUCGAAUGACUUUAUUUGAUACAUGGAUUUACAAUUUUCCUGAUAAAAAAAAUUCCAAUAGACCUAGCAUUCCUGUUCCUGGUGGAGGCUCAGAUAUGGCUCCUUUUCUUAAUUAUGCUGGUAUUCCUGUUAUUGAUUUUAAUUAUAGAAAUAUAUCAUGGGAAGAAUAUCCAUUAUAUCAUACUUUAUAUGAAACUCCUUUUACAAAUGAACAUAUCUUUGAUACAAAUAAUUUUGCCGUACAUAAAGCAGUAGGACAAUAUUGGGCUGAACUUGCCAGAAGAUUUGCUGAUUCUGCUAUUCUUCCAAUCAAUGCAACAGCUUUAGCUAAUGCUUUAUUAAAUGAUUAUCUUCCUGAACUUAAAAAAGCACUAGGUACAAUAAAAUAUAAAAAUGGAAUUGAUGGAAUUGCCAAAGAACAAUAUCAAAAUUUAUAUUUUGGAACAAAAGUAUUUAUGAAAGAAUGUAAAUUAUUUGAAAAUAUUAUAGAAGAUAUAUUGUAUGAUUUUGCCAUUAAUCCAUUUGAUCAAAGAAGAAUAUCUUCAAUAAAUAAUCGCUUAACAUCUAUAGACAAAUGUUUUAUUAAUCCUAGAGGUAUUCCAGGAAAAGAAUCAUCAAGACAUGUUUUAUAUUCACUUUCUGAUAAUGAUUCAUACUCAUCAGUUACUAUGGCUAGUGUUUUUGAUAUAAUAAGCAAAAUAAAAAUUGAAAAACAUUCUGAAGUUAUAAAAGAAUUAGAAAAGAAAUUAGCUGAACAAAUUUCUAUUGUUCAUUAUUCUGUUAUUUGUGCUACGAAUACCUUAAAAUUAUUUAUUUAA